UGCUUUCCCUAUUGAUAUAUUAUUACAGGCUUUUGCUUCAGUGGGUUCAAGAAGACAAGAAUGGCUGCGUCCAGUGUUUUCAGACCGGGUUUGUUCAACCAUAAAGUUGCAAUAGUAACAGGCGGUGGGACCGGUAUCGGUAAAGCUAUCUCUGCAGAGCUGCUGGAGCUGGGUUGCAAUGUGGUUAUCUCCAGUAGAAAGGCAGAGAGGUUGCAGGCAGCAGCUCAAGAGAUGAGACAAAAAAUCCCUGCCUCCAGCCCGGCGUCUGUCACUCCUCUACCAUGUAACAUCCGAAACGAGGAUGAGGUGAACAACCUUGUGUCGUCAGUGCUGAAGCAGUACGGCAGGAUAGACUUUCUGGUGAACAACGGAGGAGGUCAGUUCAGCAGCCCGGCAGAACACAUGUCCUCUAAAGGCUGGAAAGCUGUGAUAGACACCAACCUGACUGGAACCUUCCACUGCUGCCAGCAGGUCUACACCGCAUGGAUGAAACAGCACGGAGGUGUGAUCGUCAACAUCAUUGCCGACAUGUGGAAAGGCUUCCCAGGCAUGGCCCACACAGGUGCAGCGAGGGCAGCGGUGGACAACUUAACAAAGACUCUGGCAAUCGAGUGGGCAACCUCAGGAGUCAGAGUCAACUCUGUUGCACCUGGCACAAUCUUUUCCAAAACUGCAAUGGAGAACUACAAGGAGCUGGGACCAAGUCUUUUCAAGAUGUCUAUUCCAUUUAGCCCUGCAAAGAGGCUGGGAGUACCAGAAGAGAUCUCAUCAGCAGUGUGUUUCCUGCUCUCUCCCGCUGCCUCCUUCAUCUCCGGAGCCACCCUGAGGGUUGAUGCUGGACAGAGUCUGUACAACUCCCCGUGGGAGAUACCCGACCACAGUGCAUGGCCGGAGGCUCCAGAGGGGGAGAACUUGGACGCUAUGAAGGAGCUGCUCAACCCAAAAAGCAAACUCUAAUUCACUUUUGUGUCAUAGUCUGAGCCCAGUGUAUAAACACACACACUUGGCCAAUAAGCAUCAUGGACACUGAGCUGUACAGGAACCACAAGCACUGUCAAAGAAACAAGACACCAUAGUGGCCUGGUUAUGAGACGCUGUGAUUUAUUAUUGCAAAUAAUGUACAUAAUUGUAUGUAAUUAAUAGUAACACGUGUGUCUGAUUAAUUUCUUGGAUAAUUAGUUGUGACAAACUGUUGAAAUGUACAGUAUGUAGA